AUGGCUCAUCCAAACCUAAAAAACAAUAAAACGGUAAAGAUCCUCGAAGCUGCAGAGAAGGGCGGAUACGGUGUAAUAGCUGCCAUUGCCUACAACAUCGAGCACAUCAUCGCUUUCGUGCGGGCCGCCGAACAGAAGCGCUCCCCCCUCAUCAUCCAAGUCUUCCCCUGGGCUAUCACCUUCUCGAAUGGCCUUCUAAUCCGCGCCGCCGCCGAUGCUGCUUCCCGCGCCUCCAUCCCCAUAGCCAUCCACCUGGACCACGCCCAAGACGAAGCUCUGAUCCGACAUGCUGCCGACACGCUACCCUUCGACUCCAUCAUGGUUGACAUGUCGCACCACGAGAAAGCGGAGAAUCUGGCCAAGACGAGGGAGCUAGUGGCGUACUGCCAUGAGCGAGGCAUCUCGACUGAGGCCGAGCCGGGCCGGAUUGAGGGUGGAGAGGAUGGUAUUGCGGACACGGUGGAUUUGGAAGGCGUAAUGACGACGCCGGAGGAGAUCGAGGAGUUUGUGGAUACAGGCGUGGACUUUCUGGCGCCGGCGUUCGGCAACGUGCAUGGCGAGUAUGGGUCUCGGGGCCCGCAGCUCGAUUUUGACAGGCUUGAUACAAUACGGGAGCUCGCCAACAAGCGCGUGAGGAUUGUGUUGCAUGGCACGAAUGGCUUCAGCGAGCAGACUAUGAGAGAUUGCAUCAAGAGGGGCGUAUCCAAAAUCAAUGUGAACAAGUUAGUCUUGGACGAUUAUCUGGAGCAUCUCAAGCGGGAAGCACCGAGGCUGAGCCUGACUCAGCUUAUGGAGGAGGGCGUCGAGGAGACGGUCAGGCUUAUGGAGUGGCAGAUGGAUGUUUGCUAUUCAGCCGGAAAGGCUUAA